GCUGCUUUAUAACGGGACUGGGCCGGGCAGAGGGAGACUACACAAUUGUAACUCUGAACUCCAAGUGGAAGCAACUGUUCCAGUCAAAGAUGUACUGGGAUACCAUCCUGAAAUCCAACGAGAGAAACAUAGAUACCAGAGACUCUAAAAUAAAGAUGGAGAUAUACCAAGCUGGAUAUUAUAUGGAAGACUUCAGAACACAGGAAGUCCCUGCUGGUUUGGACUUUGCAUCAUAUGACUACAGUGAUGAAGACCUGUCUUUUCUAUUAGACAGUAAAGGACCAGGGCAGCAGCAACAGUAUCCAGAGAGUUACGGAGAGCUGCAGAAGAAUCCACGUCCGUACGACAACAAAGUAACCUCAAGUGCCUCUGUCCUGUUCAACCUGGAUUCAUACCCAGAGUUUAACUGUUGGGCGUCAUACCCAAGUGAUGGGCUGACUUUGGGCCAGUCUCAAGCGGGGUUCCAGGAUUCCACCCAGACGUACCACAGCCUUGUGCCCCUGUGUUCCCCAGCCCAGAGUGGACAGUUCAGCCCGGGCAUGGAGGAUGCCAGCACCAGCAACUCUUUCCUCCCUGGAAAAGGAACGAGCCACAGAGGGACCCCCAGCACUGUCAACCUGGACCACCUCAAUGAAUCUGAGCAAAGCUACACCCGUCACUCUGGUGAAAAACUGUAUGACUCAGGAGCACAGAAGACCUCCUUCUGGCCGGACUACCCCUCUCCCAGCUAUAGCGCAUCCCUGCCGCCCCCUCACCACCCUCCAUCUUGUUCCUCAAUCCCUACACCACAGCAGCCCUCAGAGCUGUACUGCCCCCGUGUGGCCAAACGCAAAAGUGCACACUCCCAAAGACCCGAGAGGGAAGUGAUGGGAAUGUCAGUUUAUCCAGGAUCAGGGCCCAUCCAAUUGUGGCAGUUCUUACUGGAGCUGCUUCUAGACUCCGCCUGCUGUACCUUCAUCUGCUGGACAGGAGACGGUUGGGAGUUCAAGAUGUCCGACCCAGCAGAGGUGGCCAAGCGCUGGGGUCAGUGUAAGAACAAGCCCAAGAUGAACUAUGAGAAGCUGAGCCGCGGCCUGCGCUACUACUACCACAAGAACAUUAUCCACAAAACGACGGGCAAGCGCUACGUCUACCGCUUCGUCUGUGACGUGCAGGGGAUGCUGGGAAAGACGGCACAGGAGGUCCUAGCCAGCCUGAACAUUUUACCCACGGGUACAGAGUCAGCCUGGCAAGGCCAGGGGGCACCAGUAUUAUCGCCAGAGUCCAGCGAAGCAUGGGCGUCGCAGUAGGGGGAGUGUACCAGCAGCUACACCACUAGAAAUAUGCUAUGUAGAACAAACAUGCCUCUUAGACAUGUAGAAAAUGAAUCACAUUGGCUCUAUUUAUGGAAUUUCUAUCUGCAACAUUAGACAAUGUUUGGUGUAAGACUUUUAUUACCAAGUGAUACAGUAGUAGCCAUAGCUGUGGGAAGUAGGGGUGCUAAAGUAGGGGUGCAGCACCCCCUGAAAAUCAGAAUAAACCAAUUCUGUAGUAGCCUUCAAUUUGAUUGAAUUUUAGUGUAUGACUUACCUCUUAUUAACAUCAGCAUAAUAAGAGCUCAAUGAAACUGUAAGCCCAGCUGUCUCCAAUACUGAUGCUCUUUAUGUUAAUUACAUGGUUAGUGAUUAACAACCCCCCUCAUCCUCAAGUACUUCUUGCCCCCUCUAAAAGAAUGGGUGCAUGACACCACUGCUUACCACCCAUGCUGUUGAACAAUGUUCAACAUUAACUUUGACUGUGAGGAUCUAUUUUUAUACCCUAACAUAUCUACCUCUUUUAUUGCUGACAAAAUAAAGCUAAGAGGGACCAUGCUUGUUCUGUUGAAUAUAAUGUGUGUGAUUUACAUGCUUUAGGGAACAAUAUUGUUUGUAAAAUGAUUGUAAAUAAACUGUACAUAACUUGAA